CUCCCAGCUGCAGCUCCUGUCCCAUCCCACCUCCCUGUGGGGGCUCUGCAGGCUGGGGGGGCUCAGGGGUUGGUGGAGGGGAUUGGGAGCCAUGCAGUACCUACAGCCUCACCUGCCUUUGGGCUCAAGGCAAGGAGCUUCAAAAACCUAAAAAUUCAACCUCUUUUUCCCCAGCAGUGUCUGUAGAACGGCCAGAGAAAGCCACAUCCCUGCUGCAGCUGCUGCUGUUGGGUGCUGUGCUGGAGGAGGGGGCUCUGGGGGGGGAACCAGGGUGGCUGGAGCUGUUCUGAGCCAGGCCCCUGCCCUGGAACCACCUCAGUCAGGGGCUGGAGCAUUUGGCCUCGUCAGGACUUUCCAGCCACCUGAUAUCAAGCAUCCUGAUUGAGAUGGUUCAAGCAUCAGUGGAGAUUUUAUUCCUUCCCCUCAUUUCUAGGGGGUCUCUAAAGCUGCUUGGUGUGUGUGCAGGGAGUGUCCCAGAGAAUGAGCUUUGUGAGCUGGAGCUGUGCUUGGGUCCUGAGGGUGUAAACCCAGAGCUCCUGCAGCAUGUUCAUUCAAUUCAAAGAAUUGUCUUCCCUUCUUGAGGUGAUCCUUGUGCAAUUCUGUAAUGCUGGACCCUUUGGAGCAGGUCUCGAUGGGCUGGGGUGGUCCUGUAAGAGGACAGGCAAAGGCUUAGAACAGCUUUGUCAAGGGACAAGGAGGAACCUUCCCGUAGGCAGAUGUUGAUCUGAAAUAGAAACUGCCCCUGUUCAGGCUGGCACAAUCCCUGCUGUGUCACCUCCUGUCCCAGCAGCUCCCAGUGCUGGGGAACUGCUUCCCAUGGAGGCUGAAAGGACCUUGCAUUUUAGAGCUCAUUCUUGGCCCCCUGUGCAUGGCACGGCAAGGGAGCAGCAGAAGCUCUGGAGCAUGUCACAGGCACUGCCAGUGCUGCCUGGGCAGGAACAGCACUUGCACAUGGGAAAGAGCAUCCCUGGCCUGAGUGUUCCUCCACCUGCACUUCAGCUCAUUCUGGACUUGAGGUGCUGUUCUCUGCUGGGCUCCCCUUAGUGACCCCGCAGGUGCUGUCCAGGCUCUCCAUCAUUAAAGGAGGCACCACGAGUCUUGUACUCUGAGAUUUGACCCCGCAGGACAGCUCCUUCCCACACAGGUCUGUGCACUGCUGUCCUUCAUCCCCAUGGUCCCAGCUGGGAGCUCAGACUCUGUGGAACUUGCCGUGACCAUUGCCUGGUGCUGGGGCUGCAGGUGAGCUCUCCCUGCCGGGUAAGGGGCUGGCAGGAGAAAAUGGGCAUCUCUGUCCUUGAGUUUGCAGUCAGGCUCCUGUAGAGGCUCUGGGGCAAACCCGGGGGCUCGUAGGGACCCUCAACACGCGCAGAGCGGAUGCAGCUUUUGGUUGCCGCUGCCUCUCCGGCCACGUGUGCUGGAAUUGCACCCUGGGGAGUGUUUCAGUGAAGCCAGAGCACGCACACGCCUUGGUCCAAGGCAGGCAGAGGCGUUUGCAGGGCUCCAUCGCCCCCCGCAUUCCCCUUCUCACUGCCAGCCGCUGCUCCAGCGCUCCCCGAGUGGACAAGGAGAACGCCGGGGUUGAGGCGGCGUCUGGGGUCAUGGCUGAGGGGUUUUGUGUCCAUGUCUACCCGCGCCAGGUCUGUCCUGGUGCCUGUCCCUGUCCCCACCCCCGCCUGUCCUGGUGCCUGUCCCUGUCCCCACGUGUCCUGGUGGAUGUCCCCGCGGAUGUCGCUGUUCCCGCCCGUGCCGUGUGCCGAAUGCCCGGCGGAGGGGGCGCGGCCGGACGGGGUCUCCGAUGUUGGGCUGUGAUCCCGUCUCGGCUCCGGGGGCUCGAGGCCUGGGCGCGGUUUUCCUUUUCUCGGUUGUUUUGAGAGUUUUUCCCCUCCUUCUCCGGGGAGCCCCUUUUCCAGAGCUCUGUACCCGCUCCCAUAAAGCGUUCUGCAGUCUGUGCUCAGCUCCGCGCCUCCGCCUCGCUCUGUGCGCGCCGCGGGCCCGGCCGGGCAAGGGGAGGGGCGGGGAUGGGGCAGGCUCCGCCCAGCCGCGGGGCUGCCCGCCGCCCGCCUGUCUGCGCUGGGGCCGCUGCUGGGGCGGGGCGGGCGCAGGCGGGUGGCGGGGCAGCCUGGUAAACUGAGGCCCCUCGAGGCCCCGGGGUGGAGCUGUCGCUGCCGAUGGGCUCCGGGUCGCGCAGCCCGGCCCGGGGCGGCCGCUCGGCGGGGGACCGGGACCGGGAAAGGGAAAGGGAAAAGGAACGGGAAAGAGACCGGGACCGGGAAAAGGAACGGAACCGGGAUCGGGACCGCGGGCGCUCGCGGUCCGGGAGCCACGGGCGGCGACGCCGCAGCCGGAGCCGGAGCCGGGACCGACGCCGGGAGCCGAGCUCUGGCUCGGACUCCGGCGAUGAGAGGCACAAAUGGAAAAAGAAGAAAAGAAGCCGCAGCCGGGAGCGGCACCAUAAGGACCGGAGGAAACAGCGCUCACGGUCCCGGGGCUGCUCGUCUGGCUCCAGCCCGGAGCGCGGGCGGGACAGGGCAGCGCGGAGCCGGGAGCGGCGCCGCAGGAGAGAUGGAUCCAAGUCCUCCGUGUCCUCCGUCAGCUCCCCCUCCCCGCCGCGGCCCCGGGGCCGGGAGGAGCCGGGGCAGCAGCUGAGCCUGCAGGAGCGGCUGAGGCUGAGGGAGGAGAAAAAGAAACAGGCGGCUCUGAUGAAGGCCCUGGAGACGCCCGAGGAGAAGCGGGCACGGAGGUUGGCCAAGAAGGAGGCCAAGGAGAGGAAGAAGCGGGAGAAGAUGGGCUGGGGUGAGGAGUACAUGGGCUACACCAACACCGACAAUCCCUUUGGGGACAACAACCUCCUGGGCACAUUCAUCUGGAGCAAGGCACUGGAAAAGAAAGGGAUCAGCCAUCUGGACGAGAAGGACCUGAAGGAGAGGAACAAGCGAAUCCAGGAGGACAAUCGCCUGGAGCUGCAGAAGGUGAAGCAGCUGCGCCUGGAGCGGGAGCGGGAAAAAGCCAUGCGGGAGCAGGAGCUGGAGAUGCUGCAGCGGGAGAAGGAGGCAGAGCACUUCAAAACCUGGGAAGAGCAGGAGGACAACUUCCACUUGCAGCAGGCUAAGCUGCGGUCCAAGAUCCGGAUUCGGGAUGGGAGGGCAAAGCCCAUCGAUCUUCUGGCCAAGUACAUCAGUGCAGAGGAUGAUGACCUGGCUGUGGAGAUGCACGAGCCCUACACCUUCCUCAACGGCUUGACCGUCUCCGACAUGGAGGACCUGGUGGAGGACAUCCAGGUGUACAUGGAGCUGGAGCAAGGAAAGAACGUGGACUUCUGGAGGGACAUGACCAUCAUCACGGAGGAUGAGAUAGCCAAGCUCCGCAAGCUGGAGGCCUCUGGGAAAGGAGGACCAGGGGAGCGUCGGGAUGGUGUCAACGCCUCGGUCAGCUCAGAUGUGCAGUCUGUGUUCAAGGGGAAGACGUACAACCAGCUGCAAGCUCUGUACCAGGGCAUCGAGAGCAAGAUCCGGGCGGGAGGGCCCAACCUGGACAUUGGGUACUGGGAGAGCCUCCUGCAGCAGCUGAAGGCUUACAUGGCUCGGGCCAGGUUGCGGGAGCGGCACCAGGACGUGCUGCGUCAGAAGCUGUACAAGCUGAAGCAGGAGCAGGGUGUGGAGAGUGAACCGCUCUUCCCAAUCAUCAAGCGGGAGCCGGCUUCCCCCAGUGACAGGCUGGAUCCCGAGGAGAGCCUUGAGGCACAGCCAGGGCCAUCCUCAGAGCCAGAGGCAGAGCAGGACACAGAGGCCAAGGGAGAGGCAGAGGGAGAGGCUGUGCUGAUGGAGGAGGAUCUGAUCCAGCAGAGCCUGGAUGACUACGAUGCGGGCAAGUACAGCCCCCGGCUGCUGGGCCCCAAUGAGCUGCCGUUCGACGCCCACGUGCUGGAGGCCGAGGAGGACACGCACCGGCUGCUGCUCCUGCGCCAGCAGCUCCAGGUGACAGGUGACGCUUCCGAGAGCACCGACGACAUCUUCUUCCGUAAGGCCAAGGAGGGCAUGGGCGCGGAUGAGGCGCAGUUCAGCGUGGAGAUGCCGCUCACGGGCAAGGCCUAUCUGUGGGCUGACAAGUACCGGCCCCGCAAGCCCCGCUUCUUCAACCGCGUGCACACGGGCUUCGAGUGGAACAAGUACAACCAGACCCACUACGACUUCGACAACCCGCCCCCCAAGAUCGUGCAGGGCUAUAAGUUCAACAUCUUCUACCCCGACCUCAUUGACAAGCGCUCGACGCCCGAGUACUUCCUGGAGGCCUGCCAGGACAACAAGGACUUUGCCAUCCUGCGCUUCCAUGCCGGGCCACCCUAUGAGGACAUUGCCUUCAAGAUCGUCAACAGGGAGUGGGAGUAUUCCCACCGCCACGGCUUCCGCUGCCAGUUUGCCAAUGGCAUCUUCCAGCUCUGGUUCCACUUCAAGCGUUACCGGUACCGCCGGUGAGGGCUCGGCACCCUCGGACACCUGGCAGGGGUGGGCAGGGGCUCUCAUCCCACGGCUAUGCAUGGCCCCAAGACCUGGCCCAGCACUGGGCAUGUUCCUGAGGCUUUUCUCUGUCUUGGCAUUUAUCAUGAGGGACCCUGAGACUUUGGUAUAAAUAAAAUAAGGGUUAUUUUA